CCCGCCCCGGGCACCGACCUGUUGCAGCGUCCCUCUGCGCAGCAGCAGCAGCAGCGGGGGCGGCGUGGAGACGUCUCGGCGCUUCCCUCCUCCAUCUCCGUCCACUGCUCCCUUCCUCUCACACAACUUCGAGGGGACAGCACAUCACCAAACAUGGGUUUUGCGGGUCUCGGUUCGGCGGUGCUCCUGGCGGCUCUGGUCGGCGUCUGCUCCACGCGUUCGGACGCGCCUCGCGGGGUCGCGGUCGGGUUCGUUUUCGACCCCAAAGCGAAGUGCGAACCUCCGUGCGAACACGCCGGGAUCUGCAUCCGAAACAACACAUGCUUCUGCUCCAGAGGCUACGAGGGGGAGACCUGCCAGUAUGCCAACUGUUAUCCAAAAUGUAAGAAUGGAGGAGCGUGUCUUCGCCCUGGAAAGUGCAGAUGUCCUCCUGGGUUUGGAGGAAGAUACUGUCACAAAGUGACGUGUGACGCGGGAUGCUGGAACGGAGGGGAAUGCAUCGCUGUCAACGGAGUGGCCAAGUGCAUCUGCCCCUCGAGCUGGACGGGCUCAAAAUGCCAAGAGGCGAUCUGUCCUCAAGGCUGCAGGAACGGGGGAAUCUGUGUGGCUCCAGGAAUCUGCAGCUGUCCGGAGGGAUGGCUGGGUGGUGCCUGCCACACCGCUGUGUGCGCUAAGCCCUGCCUGAAUGGAGGGAAAUGUAUUUCUCCUGAUAAAUGCCGCUGCCGCCCCCCUUUCUCUGGCCCUCACUGCGAGGAGAGGAAAAAGUCCCACUAGUGUGACCCUGCAGAGGUCAAAGGUCACUGAGGCCCAGUGCGGGACUUUGUGCUGAUGAGGACGAUCCUUUUUUUUAGUUUUGACAUUUUUUUUAUACGUAAUUCUUUUUUAAGAAACAUUGUUCUCAUUUUACUGUAUCAACAUGCUCUGUACUGUAUGGAUUUGUGUUAUUAAAUGAAUAAAGUGAAGUGGAUUGCA